UUAAGAAACACGGUCUUUUCAUCUACAAAAUGCCUAAAAGUGAAAGAAUGUGACUCAGUUUUAUGAAUUUCAUUGUAGACUGGCCUUUAUUAACCCAUUCAGAAAAUUUUGAUGAUUUUUUUUUGAGUGCCUGCGAUAACAGACGUUGUCCCUUGCAUACUUCUAGAAAACGACGUAUCAUUGUGAUGCUUAUCUCUCCUUAAUAAAAGGAUGCGGAGGAAACUUAUUUCAGCAUUCGGUCUGGGAAUAAUGAAACUCUACAUCCUCCUAUUGUGUUCUGUACUGGUAGCGUCCUCUCUUGGGCGACCUAACCAUGAAACAAGAAAAUCUCUCCUUAAAUCAGAACCACGAGAAAGAAUCAUUGAAGGGCGCGAGGUUACCCCACAUUCAAUUCCGUAUCAAGUCUAUCUAAAAUUCAAGACAAUUUGGGAAGAGUGGGAAUGCAGUGGCGCACUUAUUUCCGAAAAUUUUGUGUUGACCGGCAGUUGGUGCCUUUACGGAGCUGAGUGGGUAGAGGGCUUAUUGGGUGCCCACGACGUCAGUAAAGCUGAGAAUACGACACAAUUCUUUAACUCCUCCGAAUUGUAUCUCCAUGAAGACUAUGACUUUGGUACUAAUCAAAAUGAUAUCGCAUUAGUGAAGCUGCAACAACCUGCAACUUUGAACCAAUACGUUCAGACCAUCCCUUUGGCAUCGAGCAGUGAAUCAAGUUUAGUUGGGUUAAAGGCAGUCGCCACUGGUUGGGGUCUGACUGAUUAUUUUCAUUACAAAAAACCAGAUACUUUACAGGCCGGUACUUUUGCUAUAGUAGAAGAUAGUGAUUGUGAUUCAUUAUCUACCUUCAAUUACUUUUACGACAGUCGGACGGCUCUGUGCGCGAGAGGCCAAAAUUUCCAAGGCACAUGCGACGAUGAUAGAGGUGCUCCUCUGGCCGCCAACGGACAACUUGUGGGAAUCACAUCUGUUAUCCCAUAUUAUUGCGGUGAUUACGAUACAUAUCCAGACGUAUUUACCAGAGUAACUUCUUACUUAUCUUGGAUUUCUAAUAUUACGGGAUUGGCUUUGGGCGACUAUUCAAUAAAAGGUUAUGACGUAAACGAAACCUAUUAUUUUCGAACAACCACUUUGACGACAGAUAUGAAAUUGUUGAUCUUCUCAUUGUGUUUGGUAUUUGCGGCCACUUCUCUUGGCCUACCAAAUAACAAAGUCAAAAACGCAUUCGUAAGAUCUAGACAUAGUCCCAGGAUCAUUGAUGGGAACGAGGUGGCACCUCAUUCCAUUCCAUACCAGGCGUACUUAGAGUUUUAUGGACUCCUUGCAGGAUGGGAUUGCGGCGGAUCAUUGAUUACGGAAACGUUUGUUCUCACAGCCGGUCAUUGCGUAUUUUUGGUUUCUUCGGCGGUGGUGAUAUUGGGCGCUCACAAUCUCAGCGGCAAAGAAGAUUCGCAACAAAAGUUUCAAUCAAGAGAAUUUUAUCUACACGAAAAAUUUGAUUACGACACAAUCCAAAAUGACAUCGGUUUAGUAAAAUUACCUCAGCCUGCAAAACUUAACCAGUUCGUCCAGUUAGCUGUGUUGCCGUCACGCAAUGAACCUGAGUUGCGCGUACCCAAAAGUAUUUUUGCGAGGGCCAGACAGCAGGAAAGGAUCAUUAAUGGGACUGAAGUUGCUGCUCAUUCCAUUCCGUACCAGGCCUACCUCGAAUUCGAGGGAUUUUUCCAAGCGUGGGCUUGCGGUGGUUCUCUGAUUUCAGAAAGUUUUGUUUUGACUGCUGGUCACUGCACAUUCGAGGGCAUAGCGUCUUAUAUUGUACUGGGUGCCCACGAUCUCAGCAAAAAUGAGGAUGCGCAACAGAAGUUCCAAUCUACAGAAUUAUAUCUGCACGAGAAGUUUGAUUAUAACACAAUUCAGAACGACAUCGGUCUGGUAAAGUUACCACAACCCGCUCAUUUAAAUCAGGACGUACAAUUGGCUGUGUUACCGUCUCGCGAUGAAGCCGAAUUGGUCGGUCUACAAGCAACCGUCAGCGGUUGGAGUUUAAUCGAUUAUAACACAUACGAAGUUCCCGACGUUUUGUACGCCACCGUCGUUCAAAUCGUGCCCAAUAACCAGUGCGCAAUAUACGAGGUGUACGUUCCCGAAAUGACAAUCUGCGCCAAAGGGGAAACGAGUCAAGGAUCUUGCGAAGGAGAUUCCGGUGGUCCGUUGACAGCUGACGGAAAACUCGUAGGAAUUGUAUCUUACGGUCCGGAGUAUUGCCGAGAUGAUCUGUAUCCUAAUGGCUUUACCAGAGUAACGAACUACUUGCCCUGGAUUGCUGAUAUCACUGGGCUUAAUAUUUAAAAAUAUGUGCUAUUUUUUUAUUAUUAAACAUUUUCU